UGUUUACAAUGACCAUGGUGCUCAAGUUCGCGCCGUUCUCUACUUCUCUCUGUGGUCCCAUAGAUUUUCUGAGCCAUGGCGGUGCCUAGCGAGAUGAAGGCCUGGCGGGUCCACGCCUAUGGGGAGGAGGGCAAUCCUGCUGACACCAUCAGCAAGAUGACCUUGGACACCAUCCCCAUGCCCGAACCCAAGCCAGGCCAGGUCCUGAUCAAAGUAGAACUGGCUGCGGUCAACCCCAUCGAUUGGAAGCUCUUCAGCGGCGGGAUGCAUGGCAUUUGUCCUGUGACCUUCCCGUACGUGCCGGGCUUUGACGUUGCCGGCACUGUCGUGAAGCUCGGAGAGGGCGUAGGCAAUGUCCAGGUGGGCGACGAAGUCAUCGCAGAUCUUGGCCUGGUGGAGACCUGCAAGACCGAGAGUCCGUGCGGCCCGGCUGGAGCCUUUGCGCAGUACACCGUGGCCUUGGCGAGCACUGUGGCCAAGAGAGAGGGCAUCCCUGCGAAGGAGCUGGUGGGCCUGCCCUUGGCCGGACUCACCUCCUACCAGGCCCUCUUUACCGGCGCCGGGGGCGACUUCACGGGAGCGCCCCUGGGCACCCUGGCGCCAGGGCAGAAGCUGCUGGUCUUGGGCGGCGCCGCGGCCACCGGGGCCAUCGCCGUGCAGCUGGGCAGGGCCAUCGGCGCGGAGGUGGCCACCACCGCCAGCCCCAACAAAAUGCCCGACGGGACCAACAAGUUGGACUAUAUGACCCCCCGGCAGUUUCAGUUUUCACCCUUCUCUUUUGGAGUUUUUGUUUUUCAAGGGCGUUGGGAUGGGUUUAUUGGGCCGUUGCUACGUAUGCGGAAAUGUUUGUGUGUGCGGGUGUGUGCGCCGAAUGUUUUCGUAUGUGUGUGUUUGUGUGUGCCGGCAUACAUGUAUUUAUGUAAUGUGCAUGUCAGCAGUCACUGAACUGUUGAGGGGGUGGUCUGUUUCGGGUCCUUAUCGUUUGUAUUUUUCAUUAUUGUAUUAAACUUUGUUUUCUUAUUGGAGGCGCUCCCAAAUGACAAAGCUGGGAUUCUCUUCUUGAUCUUCCGCGCCCGAGGAAGAAGCUGGGAGCGGACGACGUGAUCAACUAUAAGGAGGCGGACUGGUCGGAUGUCAAGGCUGGGGCGAAUGUCGAUUUGAUCUAUGACUGCGUGGGCACAGAAGAAGACUGGCCCAAGGCCAGCAAGGUGCUGAAGAAGGGAGGCAAGUUUGUGACCAUCGCCAAUUUCGGGGACGCAAAAUCCACGGAGGACCACUCCUUCCAAGCUUUCCUGAUCAAAUCCGAUUCUGAGGACCUCAAGAAGCUGGUGCAGUUUGUGAAGGAAGGGAAGCUGACAGUGCCCGUGGACUGUGUGGUCCCUUUCGAGGAUGUCCCGAAGGUGCUCACGAAGAGCAUGGGCUGGGCUUCAGCUGGGAAACUCGUGAUCCAGGUCGCCUGAGCUUGACCUGUUCUUGCCAGUUGUUCAAGCGGCUAGGUUGAGCUGCUUGAAAUGCCGCGACGGGCAACUUUUUGCACUCCGGCUUUGAAGUGGGUGUGUCUCAAAAUGGGGU